AUGCAUGACUUCAUCUUGGCUGAGGACUUAAAGUUGUGGGAUGAAAUCUGUGAUGGACCUUUUGUUCCCAUAAAAACUGUUGGUGAGGGAACAGUUACAGUCCCAAAAACAAGAAAAGAUUACAUGAAUGCUAAUAGAAAGGCUAUUGAGAAGAAUUUCAAGUCUGCUAAGGAGAUCUGGGAAGCUCUCCAAACUGCCCAUGAGGGAACUACUCAGGUUAAGCAGUCCAAAACCGAUAUGCUUACUACUGAGUAUGAGCUUUUCAAGAUGAAGGAGGAUGAGUCUAUUCAAGAUAUGCACACACGUUUCAUCUCCAUUAUCAAUGAGCUUCACUCCCUUGGAGAAGUCAUCCCAAGAAAUAAGCUAGUCCGAAAAAUACUCAAUGUUUUACCAGGUUCCUCGGAAAGUAAAGUGAAUGUUAUCACUGAAACCAAGAAUCUAUAA